UAUUCCUAUGGCCAUUCUGAAACUGGUCGGGCUCAGGGUCACCAGGAAAGAUUCUAAGCUCGUGAAGUUCUGCUGGGAUCUGUUCUACUGGUUCGAGUUCGCCAACCUGUUCGUGGUGACGUGGCUGGAGUUGAUCAACAUGGCGGAGACGGCGCGCGGCGGCUCCUUCCAGGACGCCGUCGAGAUCUUCCGCAUGAUGCCGUGCGUCGGCUACCUGCUGCUAGCCAUGGCAAAGUCCUACAAAAUAGUCUACUACCGUCCAAUCUACGAGAACUUAGUGAGCGAGCUGCGAGGCAUGUGGCCGCGCGGUCGCGUCACCAAAGAGGAAGACGCCAUCAUCAGCACAGCACUCAGGCAGCUUAACUACGUCGUCCAAGGUAAGCAGAAGUGA